AUGGCCGACGAUUGGGAUCUCCACGCCGUAGUAAGAGGCUGCUCAGCCGUGAGCUCAUCAGCAACCACCGCAACCACCGUCUUCUCCGGCGGUGCUUCAUCUCACACAAGCCCUUUAUUCACCGUCGAAAAACAGAGAAAUACCGUCGUCUUCGGAGAGAUCCGAGAUCUCUACACGCCGUUCGGACAAGACUCAAAUACCUCCGUCGUCUCUUCUUUCUCUUGUCUGAAUUACCCAGAAGAACCAAGACAGAGACAGAACCAGAAACGUCCUCUUUCUCUCUCUGCUUCUUCCAGUAGCGUCACAAGCAAACCCACAGGCUCCAGUAUCUCUAGAUCUAAAAGAAGAAAGAUACAGCAUAAGAAAGUGUGCCAUGUAGCAGCAGAAGCUUUAAACUCUGAUGUCUGGGCAUGGCGAAAGUACGGACAAAAACCCAUCAAAGGUUCACCAUAUCCAAGAGGAUAUUACAGAUGUAGUACUUCAAAAGGAUGUUUAGCCCGUAAACAAGUGGAGCGAAAUAGAUCCGACCCGACAAUGUUUAUCAUCACUUACACGGCGGAGCAUAACCACCCAGCUCCAACUCACCGUAAUUCUCUCGCCGGAAGCACUCGUCAGAAACCAUCUGAUCAGCCGAAGAUUAAAUCUCCGACGACCGCGACUUCUUCAUCUUCUCCGGUGACUUCAGCCGACGAAUUUGUCUUUCCCAUGGAGGAUCUAGCGGUGGGAGGAGAUCUCGACGGAGACGAGGAUCUGUUGUCUAUGUCGGAUACGGUGGUGAGUGAUGAUUUCUUUGAGGGAUUGGAGGAAUUCGCCGCCGGAGAUAGCUUUUCCGGUAACUCAGCUCCGGCGAGUUUUGACCUUUCUUGGGUUGUAAACAGCACCGCAACGACAAGUGGCGGAAUAUGA